AUGAGGAAAUGGCACAGGCAGGAGGCGGAAGCGUCCGCGAAGCGCCAGCGCGCGAGGGAAGCAGAAGCAGAGAGUACGGUCAUCUCAGGACCGAAGAGAGAGAGAGCCGGGGAAGAGGCGGUGGGGGGGAAGAAACGGCGACCGGGCACUGCUGUAGAAGUGAGUAGGGCAGCGGAGGCAGCACUUGUGGCGAACUAUGUACCCGGCUGAUGUUGUUGCGCCCUGUUUCCCUCCCUGCUGUAUGCUAUACUCCUUUCUGUAUGUCCUUUGUAUUGCCUUCGGCCUCUGUGCUGUGUUUCUUUUUUUCAUGACCUCCCUGCCUACUCUGCUGUGUUGGGUACCUUGAUCUCGCUUUACUGUUGCCUUUGUUUUUGUACGUCUGGCUGUCUGCCCAUCUGCCGCCUCUUUGUCCUGUUUGCUCCGUUACUCCCAUGCCCUGGUGCGUAGUGCCUGGUGCUGGUACGUUACCCUUUGAUUUUUUCUCUGUGCGGGUGUGGGAAGCGUCCUCCUUUAUUUUUGUUUUGUUUUAUUUUGAUCGGGUUCCGAGGGCUAUUUUCUCGAACGGUCGGUGCGAUACCUGUUUUU